GAGGCCCUGCACCUCCUCAAACGGCAGCUGGCCGAGACCAAGUCCUCAGCCAAGAGCCUGCGGGUGACUAUCGGGGAGGCUUUCGAGCGGCUGCACCGGCUGCUGCGGGAGCGGCAGAAGGCGAUGCUGGAGGAGCUGGAGGCGGACACGGCGCGGACGCUGACCGACAUCGAGCAGAAGAUCCAGCGCUACAGCCAGCAGCUCCGCAAGGUGCAGGAGGGCAGCCAGAUCCUCCAGGAACGCCUGGCCGAAGCCGACAAACACGUCUUCCUAGCCGGCGUCGCGUCCCUUUCCGAGAGGCUGAAGGGGAAGAUCCACGAGACCAACCUGACCUACGAGGACUUCCCCACCUCCAAAUACAUGGGCCCGCUGCAGUACACCAUCUGGAAAUCACUUUUCCAGGACAUCCAUCCCGUGCCAGCAGCCCUGACGCUGGACCCUGGCACGGCCCACCACCGCCUGAUCCUCUCCGACGACUGCACCAUCGUGGCCUACGGCAACCUGCACCCCCAGCCUCUGCAGGACUCCCCCAAACGCUUCGACGUGGAGGUCUCAGUGCUGGGUUCGGAGGCGUUCGGCGCCGGGGUGCACUACUGGGAGGUGGUGGUCUCCGAGAAGACCCAGUGGAUGAUCGGCUUGGCCCACGAAGCCGUCACCCGCAAGGGCAGCAUCCAGAUCCAGCCCAGCCGGGGCUUCUACUGCAUCGUGAUGCACGACGGGAACCAGUACAGCGCCUGCACCGAGCCCUGGACCCGGCUCAACGUCAAGAGCAAGCUGGAGAAGGUCGGCGUCUUCCUGGACUACGACAAGGGGCUCCUCAUCUUCUACAACGCCGACGACAUGUCCUGGCUCUACACCUUCCGCGAGCGCUUUCCCGGCAAGCUCUGCUCCUACUUCAGCCCCGGGCAGAGCCAUGCCAACGGCAAGAACGUCCAGCCGCUCCGCAUCAACACCGUCCGCAUCUGA